GAUGGCCAUAGACAGAGGUGAAGAGAAUUUGAACAAUGCAGACCAGGAUGUCGAGUGCACUACAAAUGAAACCAUAGAUGUGAGUGACAUCAGCAGUGGAGUAUCGGGUAUUGACGAAUUAGACGUCGAGGUAUCCGAGUGGCAUGAAAAUACUCAGCCUGAUGAGACAGAGGAAUGUUCUAGAAUGGAUUGUGACGAUGAGGUGGGAAAAGGAGAGGGAGAUUUGACCCUUGGAAAAGCUAGCAGUUGUGGAGGUGCAAAGAGAGCUAGUGAGAAAGAGCCGAUGCAGGUUUAUCUACGCAUUCGACCUUUAAAAGAGGGCGAAAAAGGAGUCAGCUAUGAGGUGAACCCUUCUAAAACUUUCAUCAAGGUCAAUCCUUUUGCCACUUCAUCGAAUAAACAAGGAGAAUUCUCUUUCUCUCACAUUUUCGACGGAGCAUCAGCAGAGAAAUCAGGAGUAGGUCAGAAGCACUUGUUUGACCACACUGUAAGGCCCCUGAUGCAGGAGUUUGUGGGCGGGCUGAAUUGUUUGGUGUUCACAUACGGAGUGACUAAUUCUGGGAAGACAUAUACUUUGCAGGGAAUCCCAACAGAUAUAGGUAUAUUACCGCGUGCGCUGGACGUGCUUUUCAACUCAAUUGGAGAGGAUCAACUGUUCAAGGAAGUGAGUCCGAUGCCAGUCUACUUCGACCAGUUCGAAGAUGUAUCUCAAGCAGAAGUGGAAAAACACGAUAAGCUCAAGCAGAGACUACUCAACUCAUCGUGCCGUGCUGUGCAUUCAGUCUUGAAUCAGACUAUGAUAUCUGGCAGCUCGGACCGAGAUGUUUCCAUGUUCUGUCCCAGUGUAAAUUCUACUAGUGUCAACUCCACUGCUCACUCCAUUCAAGUGACGCCCCGCAAUUCAGUCCUCGAAGACCAGUCGAGAGCCAGAGACCAGUCAAGUGUCCCAAUGACAUCAGUGGGAAGGAAUUCGGAAGAUGCGGGAUCGAAUGAUGUCGAAGAAGGGAAGGAAUCCAGGGAUUCAGGGUUCAAAGGUUACGCUGUUUGGGUGUCUUUCUUGGAGAUAUACAAUGAACAGAUCACGGAUUUGCUUGUGGCUGCAGUGCCCUCUCAGGGAAAGGGAGCUGCGACACCCAAGCCGAAUAACUUGCGAUUACACGAAAGUGUGAAUGGAAACGUUUAUGUUGGUGAGCUGCGGGAUAUCAAAGUAGACUCGGCUCAGGAGGCCUGUCAGAUCCUGGCAGCUGGUCAGAGGAAUCUGCGCUACUGUGCCACAGCGAUGAAUCAGAGGUCCUCGAGGAGUCAUUGUAUCUUCAGUAUCAAGUUGGCGAAAGUGUGCGAGAGUGGAGUGCGGGCUAGUUUGUUCUCGUUUUGUGACUUGGCCGGCGCCGAGAGGCAGUCGAAGACAAACACUGCAGGUUCUUCUCUGAAAGAAGCGGCGAACAUAAACACAAGUAUGAUGCAGCUUGGAUUAUGUUUGAAACAGCUGCGUGAGAAAAGAGGUGCAAACCCAGGGACCCUGGGAGACAAAGAGAACAACAAGAAGUUCGUGAAUUUCCGAAACUCCAAAUUGACAUACCUCUUCCAGAAUGUUCUACAGGGAUCGGGACGGGCAGUGAUGAUUGUAAAUAUCGCACCCUGUCUGAAAGUCUACGAGGAGACUCUGAACACUUUGAAGUUUGCGGCGGUAGCGCAAAAAGUGUCGACAAAUGCAGUGAUGGCAACAGAGGCUCCUAAAGUGGCUGGAAAGAAGAAAAUUUCAAUUUCUAAAAAGUGCGGUCUAAAGAGAUCAUCUGUAAUGAGAAUCAACAAAGAUGGCGUGAUUGAAAAGGUGUUCAAGGACUCUAGUCGAACCAACACAGACAAAACUCCUCGCAAACCGACUUCAAAUGCUGCUAGAAAAACGCCAGGUGCUACUGGGGGUGCCAAAAGACAGGAAGUUAUAACCGAAGAAGAGGAAGAAGAUGAAACGGCGAGUGAGGACGAAGAUGAGAAUAAUGGGAGCGAGGAGGAUGAUGAGUGGUAUUUUGAACCACUGGUGUGGGAUAAAGACAAGGAAGUGACCGAGGAGAUAACAGAGAGCGACGAGGAGAAGAUCAUUCCGUUUCCGGACUACAAGAGGGUGGCAGUGGAUUAUCUGAGAUUAAAAGAGAAAUACAAUCAGAAAAAGCAGCGAAUAGAAGAACUGGAGCAGGAGCAGUGGGUUCUGCGCAACGACCACAACAAACAGAUUCAGCGUACUUAUCGGAAGCAUGACGAGUUACUAGACGACGUGCUUUCACGACUUGAGAGUAAAGACGAGAAAAUCAAAAGCCUGACUGCAGAUUUGGAAAAAGGAAAGGAGGAUUAUGAACAGUGCAAAGCUGAGUUGGAGUUGCUAAAAGCGGAGAGAAACACUCAAAAGGAAGUCCCGAUCCCGCGAAACGAGGAGUCUCUUUUAUGGCAUGACAAGGGAGACGAGAGUGAUGUGAAGUGGAGUUUGAAGCGAGUACGGGAGGAGGAGUUGGAGAAGAGACUUUUCGAGGCAGACGAGGUCUGCGCGAAACUGAGCGAGGAACUGGAAAAGGUGCGUACUGACAAGAGCGUGAGCGAAAAAGAAGUGAAUAAAUUGGUGCAAACACUCAGCGUACAGAGUCUAGAUGAGAUACUUAAAGUACAUGAAGACCUGAAGAGAGAAUCAGAUGCGGUGAAAGAAGAGUUGAAGAAGUUAACAGCAGAUAGAUGUUAUAAUGAAGAACUUAAAAAGGAAAUAGUAUUGAAAGAUGGACAAAUUGAAAAGAUGAGACUAGAAAUUGAACUUAAAGAUGGAGAAAUUGAAAGCACGAAGAAAAAAAUGGAAUCGAAGGACGAACAAAUUGAAUAUAUGCAAAAAGAAAUUGAGUUGAAAGACAGAAUGAUUGAAAAAUAUAAAACACAAAUAGAAGAGCUCCAAAAAAGCCUAGAUGGAAAAACGAAGCAAUACGAGUACAUGAUGGACAAAUGUGCGGAUCUGAACAAAGAGAACUCAAAUCUGAAACAAAAAAGGCCUAGAUCUUCCCUUCCGGUUUUACGAAAGAGUAUGGGAGCGGUUUCCGAAGUAUUGAGAGAGGUGGACUUGAAUACAACAGUGGAUUUAGGCAAUGUUAGCAGGGAACUGAAUGCGCUGUUGGAAAUGCAGCCCAUAAGCAAGAAUCAAGUGACCGGAAAAGUUCUGGAGCUGGAGUCAAAACUGGUGGAGAAAGAGAUGGAGGUUGAUAGUAUGAGGCAAGAGAUGGACGAAUCCCAAGUAGUGGUUCUCAAGGCAUCUCAGAUCAUCUCACAGUCUAAUGUGUUGACUGACCUGAGAGAAAGUGAAAUGCAAGCCAACGUAAAACGCAUCGCAGAGCUGGACGUUCAAUUAAGCAAUCUGAAACAAGAAUUAAAGCAGCAGAAGGAAGAAGCUCUGUCAACAAAGAAGUCCCUGGAGGCAGAAUUAAAGCGUCAAGAAGUUGAGUUGAAACAGCAGAAGAAGCAACACGAGAAGGAUAUGUCGCAACUGAAAGUGGACAACGACAGCUUCUCACAGCAGAUCCAACAGCUGCAGAAACAGAACUCAGAUCUCAUUUCAUCCCUUAGUAGAGUGAGCUCGACUUCAAGCAAAGGUUCCUCCAAGGCAUCUAUUGCAGAGACUAAGGGGCAGCCGUUGCUUAAUGAUUCGUCUAUGUUACCGGCCAGUGCGGCUACUGAAGUGAUGAGUCCGACCUACUCUGCUCUCCUCUCAAGACCUGGAAGGGACUUGGAAUCAACCGGAAUCGGACUGGGCUUAAAGGCAAUCUCCAGCAAAAGCGGAAAAGACUCAGAGUCUGAAACAGACGAGCCCCCUGUGAAGUUACUCAAGGGUAAUGGGAAAAAAGUUGGGAAGCGAGUGGCAGCUAUGAAGAAGAUGUUUGAACCGACCGAGGACAAGCCGAAACGCAUGAGCACUUCAAGAAGGGGAGGCAGAGUUGCCAAGAGGACUUCCAGUGGCAUGUCAACAACACGAACACGAAGAGCAGCGGCGAAGGCCAAGAAGGCUUUGGCAAAUGUGCCCGAAGACAGUAUUUUAGACCAGAAUGAGGAGAGUUGGGAAGGUGAUCUGAAAGAAGAUGAAGAUACGGAGUCCAUUAGUGCUAAGAAAAGUAGAGUCAGUUCGGGAACCUGUACCACUGAUUCAUUGGACGAGACUAAAUUUGAUUCGACGAUUCUGCAGACAUCUAGGAUAACGAGGUCGGCUAAGAAGUUACUGGACACCUCCAGUGUGUCUUCAGUUGCAGUAUCAUCAGCGGAAUCCUCAAUGGCAUCCGGGAGGUCAGGUGGAAGAAAAAGACCCGUCAGUCGAAAUACAGCAGCAAAGAAGAGUCUCUACAAUGUAGUGCCAUCCGAUUCCUUUGACAUGUCAAUAGAUGACCAGGCGCAACUCAAUGAAAUGGUGGAACAAGUCAUGCCACCUCGUGGACGCAAAGGCAGACCGACCAGAGCCACUCGGGCUUCAAAAAAGUGAAUUCAGUGAAGCAGGAAGAGGGAGAGAUGAUAUUCAUGUCGGCUCAUAGAGAAGAGGAGAGGAGAGAUUGCGAAUACUAUAAUGUACGCAGUUAACAACGGAGGGAAUUGAAAAGUGCAAUGUUGUUUUUAAUUAUUGAUUUAGAUUACAAUUAAAACUUGUCCGGAGAAAUUUAUUCGAGGUGAAUUGGAUGCGCUUUUAGAAAUAUCAGUUAUAGGUCUGGCUAACAGUUCUACUUAUACUUUGAAAACAAUUAAAUAGACGCUGUAGAUAUAUAUAUACACACACAAGAG